CUUUAUGCUUCAGCAGUGGGCGGGAGCUGAAAAGAGAAAGUGAAACUAAACAGCAGGAACAUGAGGGAAGGUUGAUGAAGCUAAAAUGACCGAGGUUUAAGGUCCUGACAUUUUGAUCUAGCCAUGUUAUGGUUGCGUGACAUCUAAACGGAUCAUCCCGGCAGGCAUUCAGCACUCACAUCAGGUGGUCCUUCAUCGCUCCUCGUGUUUCAGAUGUGACCAAUUUCAAUACUAGCUGCCAGCCUGACACACGGUUGGCUUUGUUUUACUUUUAAUCAGUGGUUGAAGGACAUUUCCUCUACAAUGGGCUUGUUGAGGCUGUUAGUGCUGUCUCUGUUCCAUGUGUCUCUGGUGAGUUCUCAGCCCACCGAGAGGUCACAACAGGCGUCAAGCCCUCGUCACCCCGCAGGAGAACAGUCUCCUUUGGGUUCUGACAAUCUGUCUUUUCCUUGGAGUCGUCUUCGCCUGCCAAGGUACAUCAUUCCUCUGCACUACCGUCUCCUCCUGCACCCAAACCUCACAAGUCUCAGUUUCACCGGCUCAGUGCAGAUCCAGAUUGACGUCCAGAACAAUACAAACUGGGUUGUGUUACACAGCAAAAAUUUGCAGAUUUCCCAAGCCACAAUAUUGGAUGAGAACUUUGCUCAUCUAUCUGAUCGGGUUCUUCCAGUUCUUCAUAAUCCCUCUCAUGAGCAGAUUGGCAUCUUCUCUCCAAGGGUGCUCAGCAGUGGGCAAAAGUAUUUUCUGUACAUUGAGUUUGGGGCAGAACUUGCAGAUGGUUUCUAUGGCUUCUAUAAGAGCACCUACAGAACCAGCACUGGAGAGACCAGAACUUUAGCUUCAACUCACUUUGAGCCCACGAGUGCUCGGAUGGCGUUCCCCUGUUUUGAUGAGCCGAGCUUCAAAGCCAACUUCUCUGUACGGAUCAGGAGGAGUCCAGAGUACAUUUCUCUGUCCAACAUGCCUAUAGUCAAGACGGUUGAAGUAAACAACGGCCUGCUUGAGGACCAGUUUGACACAAGUGUCAAGAUGAGCACGUACCUUUUCGCUUUUGUCAUCUGUGACUUCAAAUCUGUCACUGCAACAACAUCGUCUGGGGUGCAGGUGUCCAUUUAUGCCGCCCCUGAGAAGUGGCUGCAAACCCACUAUGCCCUGGAGGUUGCUGUCAAAAUGCUGGACUUCUACGAAGAGUAUUUCAACAUCCACUAUCCUCUACCUAAACAGGAUCUGAUAGCCAUCCCAGACUUUGAAUCUGGUGCGAUGGAGAACUGGGGUCUGACCACUUAUAGAGAGACCAGCCUUCUCUUUGAUCCCCUCACAUCCUCCAUUUCUGAUGAACUCUGGGUAACUAUGGUGAUUGGCCAUGAGCUUGCCCAUCAGUGGUUUGGUAACUUGGUGACCAUGGAGUGGUGGAACGACAUCUGGCUGAAUGAAGGCUUUGCUAGAUACAUGGAGUACAUUUCAGUGGAGGCCACCUACCCUGACCUCAAAGUGGAGGAAUAUCUACUGCACACCUGCUUUGCAGCAGUCGGUUACGAUUCACUGAACUCCUCUCGGCCAAUAUCCAACCCAGCAGAGAACCCCACUCAGAUCAAACAGAUGUUUGACACAAUCUCCUACGAUAAGGGAGCAUGUGUUCUGCACAUGCUGCGACACUUUCUGACAGAUGAUGUGUUCCAGCGGGGGAUAGUACGAUACCUCCGCAAAUACAGCUACAGAAAUGCACACAAUCAGGACCUGUGGGACAGCCUAGCCAAUACAUGCUCUGAGGAGGACUUCAUCUCUGGAAAACACUGUUACAGCAGUGGCCAGGCCGCCAAGAAUGCAUACCUGUAUGCAGGGGAACACCUGGAUCUGACAGCCAUGAUGAACACUUGGACUCUGCAAAAAGGUAUUCCACUGGUAACUGUGAGAAGGAAAGGGCCCCAUCUGCUGCUGAGACAGGACAGGUUCCUGAGGACAGUGAUGCCCUCUGACCCUCUCUGGUCCACACUGCAACAGGGUUUUCUUUGGCAUAUCCCUCUGACAUAUAAGACAGAUGCUUCCAGCACUAUCCACAGACACCUGAUGACAACACAAACAGACAGCAUACAUAUUGGAGAGGACGUCAGCUGGGUGAAAGUAAACACUGACAUGACGGGCUAUUAUGUGGUUCAUUACGAGGACGGUGGUUGGGAUGAGAUGGUAAAACUACUGAGGGAAAACCACACUACUCUGAGCUACAAAGACAGGACUCACUUGAUACACAACGCAUUUCAAUUGGUCACGGCAGGUAAUCUGCCGCUCAAUAAAGCCUUGGACCUGAUUGGUUACCUGCAAUUGGAGACACACACUGUGCCUCUCCUCGAAGGACUGGGCUAUCUGGAAACCUUUUAUCGGACGGUUGAGAAAAGGAAUGAAUUUGACAUAACCACUAAUCUGGGGACGUACAUCCUGCGAUUCUUCCGUGCGGUCAUUGACCAGCAGACGUGGAGUGACAGCGGCUCUGUGUCGGAGCGACGGCUUAGGUCAGAGCUCCUGUCACUGGCUUGUCACCUGGAUGACCCUCCCUGUCUGGAGAGGGCACGUCAGAGCUUCAAAGACUGGCUUCAGUCCAAUGGCACACUCAACUUGCCAACUGACGUGGUGAAAACGGUGUUUUCAGUCGGAGCUCAGGAUGACCAUGGCUGGGCUUCACUCUUACGCACAUAUAACAUCUCCAUGUCUGCGGCACAAAAAAGCAAAAUCCUGUUUGCUUUGACCUGCAGCAAAGACACAGACAAACUACACAGACUGCUGGACUUAGGUCUUGAAGGGAAGGUGAUUCGAUCCCAGGACCUGUCCGGACUCAUAAUGAUGGUGGCCAGGAACCCGCGGGGACAUCACCUUGCCUGGAACUUUGUCAAAAAGAACUGGGACACACUGAUUCAAAAGUUCCAGUUGGGCUCAUCUUGCAUUCGAAACAUCAUCAUUGGCACCACAGGCCAGUUUUCAUCUCCAGAGGAACUCACUGAAGUGCAGUUGUUCUUUGAGUCCAUCAAAGAGCAGGCGUCUCAGCUGAGAGCUACUCAGGUUGCCUUGGACAACAUGCAGAAAAAUGUGCGCUGGUUUCAGAGGAACCUAGAGCCUCUUAGAAACUGGCUGAUCGAGCAAAUGAAGUGAAAGACAGCAGAGGGAGAGAGGUGGUGGUUGGCAAAUGCUUAGGAAGACAGUUUUUAAAGUUGUAUGUGUGUUUAAUGUGUCUAACUGUAAUGUGCUUGACACCAUUGAAGAGUUGACCGUUUUUUUAAGAAUAAGUGUGUUUUGUAAAUUUUCAGGGAAUCUUUUUGUUAGACUAAAUAAUGUUACUGGUAGAAAUGCCAGCUGAGCAGUAGUGGUGUGUUAGAAGCGCUGUGUGUGUGUGUGUGUGUGUGUGUGUGUGUG